AUGAAGUUCCUCUCUAGCCUCCUUACUGUUCCAGCUCUUGUAGCAGGACGAUAUCUUAGUGAUGAGGUCAGCUCUGGGACUUCGACUCACUACGGCGGCAACGUCGGAGGAGGCGCUUGUGGACUUGUUGCCUAUACCAUUCCUUCUGGCAUCUAUGGAACUGCGUUCUCUGGACCCAACUGGAAUACUGCAGGUGUCUGUGGUAACUGUAUUGAGGUCACUGGUCCAACAGGAAAGAAGAUCAAGGCUAUGAUCGUUGAUAGGUGUAAUGAGUGCAACAAGGGACACUUGGAUCUCUUUGAGGACGCUUUCACAGCUGUAGGCGUUUACCCUAAAAUGUAUGCUUAUUUGAUCACUAACCUUAUUGUAGGAACGAGUCCUUACUGGUUCUCUAUGCAAGUUCGCAACAGCAACCUUCCUAUCAAGAGCCUCGAGGUCAGCACUGACAAUGGCAAGUCAUGGAUUGGAACCACUCGAAAGGAGUACAACUUCUUUGAAAACCCCAGCGGCUUCAGAACCGAUACGGUUGAUGUUAGGGUCACCAGCUCUACCGGCAGCACUAUCAUCGUCAAGGGUGUCAGUGUCAAGCCGCAGACUGAGUUCAAGGCUGCCUCCAACUUCCCUUAA